AUGGGACUAACUGCAGAACAGAAUCAGCAAGAAAUCUACAAGUGUGCCCAAUGCGACUUGAAAUUUCGAAAUCAUGUUGGCCUCUCUCAUCACCUGAACUUCUCCAAAAUUCACGCGGCAGCUAGAGCGGAAAAGCCGCCUGAGCGCGUACCUUCGCCCGACGUACAGGAUAAUGCGAAGUAUAAAUCAGACCAAGCCACACCUCCAGGUUUUUCGGAUCCAACGUCGCCCGACCCUUCGCUCGACGAACUUAUCUAUGCGGAAUGGAACGACGAAUUCAUCGAAAAGCAUUUCCCUGCCGCCUAUGCUGCAGGUGCUCGUUAUAUCACCAAUGCAUCGGAGAUGCCUGCCGAUAUCUGGAUUUCGCUCAUGUCGUCUCCUCCGGAUUUCAGCAAAAAUAGCUACGAUUCGUUCGUCGCCUCCUUCAUAGGUCUUCCUGAGUCGGCGACGAAUGUCAACUCAACGACGGACUAAACUUUGUUGUCACAGCUUGCUGCCAGUUCUGUG